AUGCGCCGACUCUUGUCCUGGCUUUGGCUUUUCGGUGGAAUGCUUCCCGCGGUUCAAAUACAAAGCCGCGCCAGCGUUAAAGAUCUUCCUCACAUUGACACAGUAGCCAGGAGAGUCGAGCUCCCCUUUGUAGGUGCAGCAUUUCACCUCACCUUGACCUUCGCAGUCAUUGCGACUCUCCCAUGGUGUUCGCACAUCUCCACCACCAUGGCGCUUAGACCCCGCCUACGCUUUGGAUCAUUUGACUUUUGUUCACAUGGUUGGACAGGUCGCUCGCCGCCGCAGAAGCUAGCCAUCGGGAGGAGUCGUCAUGGGCACAGGUUUAUAUUAGGACGAAUUUCUAAGCGUUAG